UCUAAGAGUUAAAAAUCUACCAGGUUAAUAAAUAUUUGGACUGGCUGGUUAUUUGAGCGCGCGCGCGAGUCCGCGGUCACGUGCUGCUGAACCGCAGCCUGGCUGUGUCUCGCGCUUGCCUCCACCCGCUCAGCGCCCGCACAUGGAUGGACUCGCUUCCUGUCACAGCACGUUUUCCUCCAGGAAACCUUCGUGAGGACUUCUGGCGAGAUGAUAUCCAAGGAAGAAGGGAAUGAGCGACGCGACCUCACCUUCACACCCCACUCCUCAUCUCUUUAAACGGACACUGUGUGGAUUUUCAGAAUAACCUAACACCUGAUCUCACUCUGACCCUCAGCUCCAGUUCUACCAAUAUGGCAUCCUUGCUCCAUCCUGUCCUGUUCCUUCUACUUCCAUUACUACAUGUUCAGUCAAGCUCCCAUCAGAAGCCCCAGUGGCCUUUGCAGCGUGUGCCUGUAGUCCUUCCUCAACAGACUGAGGAGCGGCCGCCCCCUAGUUUCAUCGGCCCAGCUCAUCUGGAAGUGACCUCUUCCUGUGGUCCCGAGUGUCACAAGGAAGCCCCAACACCAAGCUACUGGGACCUGCGACACUUCCUGUCCUACGAGACUCUCCACUCCAAUGGUCAGCUGACUGAGACAGUUGUAGGAAUCUAUGGCUUCAACCCAAACAUGCUGAAGAGCCCUGCUGCUGAGCCGGGGCAUUCCAGAACCAAGCGCCAGAUCUUUGGCCAUGAUGGUCGCUUCAGCAUUGUGGACCAGGACUUCCUGCUGAACUACCCUUUUUCAACUGCUGUGAAGCUGUCCACCGGAUGCUCAGGCACACUAGUGGGUAACCAGCAUGUUCUCACUGCAGCCCACUGCAUCCAUGAUGGAAAGAACUAUGUCAAAGGUACACAAAGGUUGCGUGUCGGUUUUCUGAAGCCACGGCAAAAGGACCCACUAUCUAACAACAGCACUGACAACAAGAUGAAGUUCCAAUGGAUCAGAGUCAAGCGCACCCAUGUGCCCAAGGGCUGGAUAAAGGGCAAUGCUAAUGAAAUUGGCAUGGACUAUGAUUACUCUCUCUUGGAACUCAAGAAGGCUCACAAGCGCAAACACAUGAAGCUGGGAGUGAGUCCUUCUGCCCAGCAACUGCCUGGUAAACGAGUGCAGUUCUCCGGCUUUGACAACGAUCGACCAGGCCAGCUGGUCUACCGCUUCUGCAAAGCCGGGGACGAAACCUAUGACCUUCUGUAUCAACAUUGUGAUGCUCAGCCUGGCGCUAGCGGCUCUGGAGUUUAUGCCCGGAUGUGGGACCGCAGGCGCCGCCGUUGGGAGCGAAAGGUGAUCGGGAUCUUUUCGGGACACCAGUGGGUCGACCUCAACGGUGCCCCCCAGGAGUUUAACGUAGCGGUGCGCAUCACUCCUCUUAAAUAUGCCCAGAUCUGCUACUGGAUCAAAGGGAAUUAUAUGGACUGCAGAGAAGGCUGAACUUAACCUUUAGUGUUAUCCUUACCUUUAGUAAAGUUCUAUGCAUCCUCUAGAUUCAUUCAAAUAGAGUUGAAACAACUAUGACUACAUGAAACACUGGCAUGUAAACACUGAACGAACUUAACACGCCCAUUCACACUGUAACUACUCAGAAAUGACAAGAUUUUCUAGAAACUUAUCUUCAGUUCCUUAACCAAAUAAUUUUGCACACUCUUCUUUAGUUUCACUUAGCCUUUACAAUAGUAUAGCUCCAAUCUAGGAUUCAUCUUUGAUAAGUCAACAAAACUGUGGUUAAUCUUUCAAUUCGCGCAAAAUAGCAAACAGUUCUGAAUAGAUGGAAAGAACGUGAACGUAGCAGAAUGGACCUGAUGUCAACCAAAGAUGGAUUUUAAUGACUGUACAAAGCACUGUAGUCUUUAAGGCUUUGUGAAUUGUUUGUGAAGCAUGUACUCCAGUUCAACUAAAGGUGCUUUUUUUUUAAUUUGCCUAUCCAAGUCAAACAUACAGAGAUCUUUGCCUACUGUAUAAACUCUCUCCAUGUCAUGGCAUGUGGUUUCUAUUCUGUUAGCGACCCCUAGUGGUCAAAGACAUUACAUCAAAUGGCCACAAGACCCAAGUUUCAAAGAGUGUUCGUGGAUGGUGCCUUCUUACACUAAUCACAGAACUUUUUUUUUUUCAUUAAAUAAGUACUUGGAGAUGCAUAUGUUAUAUACUUAAAAUGUUAUAUACCAAUGUCAGCACCUAAAGCACUUUGAUUUUCUUUUAAAUUACUGAUUUCUUUAGUCAUUAACAGCUUUUUAUUAUAAUUCACUCUGUAUUAUACAAAUGUUUAUUAAAUGCCUUUGAAAAGAAUACAUCAUUCUAACAUGUCACUGUUGACUCAACAUGUAAAUAUUUUAUAUGACAUACACUGAUCUGCCGUAACAUUAAAACCACCUGCCUAAUAUUGUGUAGGUCCGCCUAGUGCGACCAAAACAGCUCUGACCCGCCAACGCACAGACUCCACAAGACCUCUGAAGGUGUGCUGUGGUAUCUGGCACCAAGAUGUUAGCAGCAGAUCCUUUAAUUCCAUGGAUCGGAUUUGUUUGUCCAGCACAUCCUACAGACGCUCGAUCGGAUUGAGAUCUGGGGAGUUGGAAUAUUAGGGAAUACUGUUGCCUUGAAGGGGUGUACUUGGUCUGCAGCAACGUUUAGGUAGGUGGUACGUGUCAAAGUAACAUCCACAUGAAUGCCAGGACCCAAAAUUUCACAGCAGAGAAUUACCCAGAACAUCACACUUCCUCCUCCAGCUUGCCUUCUUCCCAUAGUGCAUCCUGGUGCCAUCUCUUCCCCACGUAAGCGACACACACGCACCCAGCUUUUCAUGAUGUAAAAGAAAACAUGAUUAAUCAGACCAGACCAGACUUGUUCCAUUGCUCCAUGGUCCAGUUCUGAUGCCACGUGCCCAAUGUAGAUUGGGUGGACAGUGUUCAGCAUGGGCACUUUGACCAGUCUACGACACAGCAAGCUGUGAUGCACUGUGUUCUGACACCUUUCAAUCAUAGCCAGCAUUAACUUUUUCAGCAAUCUGUGCUCCAGUAGUUCUGCUGUUGGAUCAGACCAGACAGGCUAGCCUUCACUCCCCAUGUAUAUCAAUGAGCCUUGGGCGCAUGAGCCUGUCGCCGGUUCACCAGUUGUCCUUUCUUGGACCACUUUUGGUAGGUGCUAACCCCUGCAUGUCAGGAACACCCCACAAGACCUGCUUUUUUGGAGAUUAUCUGACACAGUCCUCUAGCCAUCGUAAUUUGGCCCUUAUAAAAGUUGCUCAGAUCCGUACACUUGCCCAUUUUGCCCAAUAUAUCCCACCCACCUUCCAGGUGCCAUUGUAACAAGAUAAUGUUAUUCAUGUCACCUGUCCAUGGUUUUAAUGUUAUGGCUGAUCAGUGUAUUUUUGCAUUGUAACUCCUGUCUGACUGCUCAUUAAAAAUAAAUAAAUAAAUAAAUUACA